UCCGGAGAGGUGCAGCUGAGGGCACAGCCCGGAGAGCCCCACGUGAGGGUGUUCUCAGGGGGCCCAGAGAGGGGGUGGGAGCCCCGGUUUUAACGGCCACCACCCGAGGCACAUGCCUGCCUUUCGUCUGGUCCUCCCCCUCCCGGGGGAGGCAUCCUGGGGCGGGGGCGGGUGGCGGCUGUCUGGAUGGAGGCCAGCGCUGGCCGGUACCGUUGCCGGGACACCGAGGGCCUUUGUCGCUGUCAACAAUGGCCCCACAGGCCUUCCAGGCGUGAGCCCCUGGGGGCCCAGAGGCAGACAUGCAGACCCUGGCGUGGCAGCGGCCAGAGGCUGCCCGGCCCCACGUCCCCCAGGGGACCCUGGAAGUGGCAUUCCCAGCACCUCUGUACAGCGAUGACUGCCUGUCCCUGGAGGGGCCCCGCUGGACGCCGGCCAUCAAGCAGGCCACCCGCUGGAAGUACACGCCCCUGGGACGCGACGCAGCUGGCCAGCUGUGGUCCACCGGCCUAACCACCUCAGACCCCCGUGAGGCCUGGUACACGUUCCCGCGGGCCCCGGACAGCCCGUACCGGGAGGCCCACGGCCACUGGCACAGAGGUCACAGCUGCCGGGAGCGAAGCAUGCCCUCGGCCUGUACCCAGCACCUCCGGGAGACCGCCUGGUACGACCCUGUCAUCCCUGCCCAGUACAGGAACCCCGGCACACGGUGGGGGAGCACGCUGUGGAGGGACAGACUCAUCCGGGGCAAGGAGUACGCCCUGCCCACGGCCCUGGUACAUCCGAAUGCUGUGUCCUCGGCGCACAGCGGACCCCGCAUUUGCUUCCCAAGUAAGCCAAGUGCCGGAGGUAAGGAACAGCCGGGCAUCCCCCCCGUGAGAACCCGCCAGCGUGCCGCCUCAGGCCCAGGCUGAGUCCCCAGACCCCGGGCAGCGCCUGGCACCCGGCACGCACUCGGCUCGUCUUACUGAGUGAGGAAGUGAGCAGCACUCACGAGCAGGGAUGCAGGCUCUGGAUGGCCAUGACCGCCAGCCCGUUGGCCACCUUAUCCGAGAAGCUCAUGGCACCAUACACGAAGGCUCCGCUGUGCUGGGGGACACGGGCAGGCAGGUCACAGCCCGGCCCCGGUCCCCCAACCCCCCACCCGGUCCACACCAUCAGCCUUACCGUGUGGGGGCCGAUGAGGUCGGCCGUCAUGGCCAGCGAGGUGACGAGGAUCGUGGCACAGCCCGUGCCCAGCAGCACGGCGGCUACGUACACGGCCACGCCGAGCCUGUCUGCCAGCGCCACCCAGGCGGCGAAGGCCAGGAUCACCAGGAGGCCCGCGAAGUAGGUCAGCUGUGGAGGAGCGGGCCCAGGUCAGGCCCGCCUCGCCCUUGCCGGUCGGCACCUACCCCCUCUGCCCUUCGGUCUGCCGUACCUCCGGGCCCGGCCGCAGCCUGGAGGGGCGAGGGGAGCCAUCCCUACGGGGCCCCUGGCUCGGACCCCACAAGACUCGGGGGCCUGGGGGCUACAGCGCCACAGAGCCCGCACUGUGGGGCCACGGCCGCGCCCGAGUCCAUUAAAGUUAAACAGAGUGAAAUGUUCA